AUGUGCGUUGGCGAGAACUCGGCGGACCACGCCGUCAAAUACCUGAACGCGCAGCUCGCCGUUCUUCACUCGAACGCGGUCGAGUGUGUAGCCAGGCACUCAAACGGUCUCCUCCCGUCUCACCAUCACCGCUACUCGUUCGCUCUCGCUGAGUUUCACUUCCACUCUGGCCGUGGCCCUGUCAAGAGCCUUGAGGAUCUCGAGUUCUACGGUUCCUUCGACAAACCGCGUCUCGAGUUCGUCUGCAACCACGAGACGGUUCUCUACCUCAAGAUCAAGAAGGGCCACUUUAACGUCGAGUACGCCACAAACAGCCAGAACACGUACGCUCAGUUGAAGAAAGAGAGUCACCAGCACGUCGAUAACUACGAAGUCGCAUUCCGCGUCCCGUUCGGUAUCAAGUCGUUCACCUCUCCCGGUGGCUUGACCGGCAAUGGCGAGCACCUCCUUCAGAUUAUGGUUCUCGACUACGCCCGCGCCAAGAUGGUCCUCCACCCACCUGCCAUCAGUUCCGCUACUAAGGCCGCCCUCUCCCUCUACCUGAAGAAGUACCUUGACCUCCUCCGCCACUCGGGCCACCACGUCCUUUACUCCCUCCCGGACUUCGAUGACGACCAGCGCAAGCUGACCAUCGAUUACGCCCUCAUCAGUGCAGUCAACCUCAUCCACGAGACCGAGACCGAAGUCCACGGCGUCUCCCUUGGGCGCAUUAACAACUAUCUUGCCCACGUCUGGGGCAAGGCUGCCAUGCUCGCUUGCGGUCGCCAUGGUUUGCCCGAUGAUCUGCUCUCCGUCUGCCUCGCCGAGUUCAAGUCCACCUGGAUCGACCUUCACACCGACGCGCACUUCCACGUCAAGUUCGGCGCGCCUAAGGUCAAGGCGAUUUGCGCCCGCGAGGUCCUUGUUACCUUCGUCAUCGACGAGAUCUUGUUUUAUGGCUCGGACGACUUCGACGUCGAGCCUCGCGACAAGUACGAGGGAUGGGAGCUCGCCUUCAUGGUUGAGGUCAAGGAGGAGAAGGACGCCGACGGCUGCAUCACCCGCUACGUUCUCGAUUUGGACACGGCCAGGUUCUGCGACCACCUCUCCGUAUUGGUCGGCGUCACGGGAGAUGUCGCGGCGCACUACUGUGACGUCCUCAUUGAAUUCAUCCAGGUUCAGUACCUCGACAUCCUCGAGUCUUGCAAACUGCAUAUCAUCUGCGAGAUCGACGUGCGCCAUCCGGAGCCGGUGGACCAGCCCGCGGGCCCGGUCAUCUGUGGGUUGCCGCAUGACUUCUGGGGUUUGCCUCCCCUCUCCCCACGCGGACGGCCUGCUGACCCCGAUGUCGAGUUCGGCCCUCUGAUCGGCGGCGAGGUCGAUGUUUGCGGUGGUUACGAACAUGUCUCGGCGGUGUCGCAGAUCUCCAUCAUCACGCUCUUCAAGACCAUAUGGGAGACGGCCUCAAGGCACAAGCAUACGUUCUGCCUGAGGUCGUGGUCAUAUGACGACAGCUUCACAGCUUCCUUCGGCGCUCUGACCAUUCGCCUGAUCUCGAACGAGAAGGCCAUUGUUUGGGUGAACAUCGAUGAAGGUACCUACAAGACGCUCAACGGAUGGUUGCCUUGGUCCGGGAGCACGAAGCAUACCAUAUCGCAGUGGCGUAUCGCCUUCGAGGUCAACAUCAAGUCUGCCGAACACGCGUCUCUGAAGAACAUGUCCUCUUCGUGGGUUGAUUGGUUCAAGGAUUCUUUCAUCUUCCAGGCCCACGGCACCCAUACCGAUCGCGCGAUUCAUCACAUGUACCUCGACUUCGAGACUGCCGUCUACGUACACGAGCUGUCGACCUUUGGCAAGUUCAUCACCUGCGAUCGCCAGAGCAUCGAACACACCCGUGCGGUAGUGCACUACAUCCAGGAGCAUUACCUUCUGGAUCUUGCCCACCACGGACAUCACAUCCUCCAUUCCUUGCCCGUUUGGCGCCAGCAAUGCGAGUUCGGCCUCACGUCCUUCGCCUUCCAGAUCUACUCCAAACUAGAGUACCACCGCCACAAUUGCAUCCACUACGAUGUGACACACUCUGACUCCCCCUGCAUCCUCAUUCUCGGCAUGUACAGCCACGUUCCGCUGCCGACCGUCCGCCUGAAAUGGACCACGACCCGAGUAAUCACGACCAGGCGCGAGGUGCACGGCACCGUCACCCUGUCCAGGAAAUCGUUCCUCGAAGGUCUCAUCCUCGCCGCAUUCGCGAAAAUCAAUGCGGAGACAACCCUCGUUGCUCGUUUCGCGGGUGUCGAUGCCGGCGAAUGGAAGCUUGACCUGGACACCUGGGCUAGUCACGAUCGCAAGAAGCUCAUUGAAGCGCGAAGCUGGGCGGUCCAACGCGACGGCUUCUUGCAAUACGUAUGGGAUCACAGCGACGUUUGGACGUACACGCACAACGGCGGACCCGGCGACCUGAGCAAUGGCCAGUUUACCGUCGCUUGCCAUACGAAGAACGACCUAAGCAUUCCGGUUGGUGGCAAGCGCCAUAACGGCGUCGAGAUCAUGCUCCACGGAGAGACCACCAUCAGGCUUGGCUUCGAGGGAAGCUCAGACUCGUGGAGCACCUCUGCCGGCGCGACUUGGAAGACCACUAUCACCAGCAGCUCCACCGGCGGUGGACUUAAGCUCAAGAUCACCCCCGUCGAUCACCCCAAUUUCCACGUGCGGGAGACCAAGGGUCACUGCCGCAUGGAAUCGCAAGCUCUCCUCCGCGCACAACUCGAAAACGCCGUUCACCCUGGCCACAUCCUCGACAAAAUCAAGCCGAUUCUCGAAGGCUUCUGGAAGUUCAGCUUUCCCGAGGUUGGGGCAUACGCCCUCUCGCAUCCGAUCUUCACCUGCCAUGGCGACCUCAUCCUCGAGCUCAGGACCUACGUCGAGGAAAAGGUGGUGGUUACCGAGACUCACGAGCAUACGAUCGCUGCGACGGGCGUUGCCGUGCAUGGCACGCCCCGUGUUAUUGCCCCGAAGAUUGAUCGUCCGCGCGCCCGUUCUCGUCCUUCCUGGAUCCGUCGCGUGGCAUCGAACGUCAAGCAGCGCAUUGUGGGCGACGAACGCGACGGAGUCUUGCGUCCGUCUGCUUCGUUCGCCUCGCUAAAAUCGAAUGGCCAUGCGACCAAUGGCAACGGCAACGGACAUAGCGGUUACGAGGUGAAAUCCCCUAUGGAAGUGCACCCUAUCCAGGAUGAGAUCGACGGUGUCAGCGACGAAGAAGAGCAGGAUUUUUGA